UUCAAAAGACAGUUUUUUUCCAAUAGUCUUGUUUUUGUUUUUAUUUUGUUCACCGUCGAAACGUCGAUAAUUUGACGUCUGCUUGUGAGUUAACGGAUUUUACAUAAGUCAGUCUGGUUUAUCAGAAGAGCUAGCAGCUAGAACGUAAAUACGGAAGUUGAUAUCUUUUGUUCGCAGCUCUUUUUAUCGCCAGAGAUGGGAAUGUUUCCAUAGCGGAGGAAGCAAACGGUUUCCAGCUAACUGUCCAAAUAAACCUUCUUUUAUCUACAUAUCAGUCUUCAACAGUCAUUUACACUUCAACAUGGGUUCAAUACUGAGUCGAAGGAUUGCUGGUGUUGAAGACAUCGAUAUUCAAGCCAAUUCAGCGUACAGAUAUCCCCCAAAAUCAGGAAAUUAUUUUACCAGUCAUUUUUUCAUGGGUGGAGAAAAGUUUGACACACCCCAUCCAGAGGGAUAUCUUUUUGGGGAAAAUAUGGAUUUGAAUUUCCUUGGCAACAGACCUGUGCAGUUUCCCUAUGUGACGCCAGCACCACAUGAGCCUGUCAAGACGCUGAGGAGUUUGGUGAACAUCAGGAAGGAUUCUUUACGACUUGUCAGGUAUAAGGAUGAUUCGGACAGCACACCAGAGGACACAGGCGAUCCUAAGGUCCUUUACAGUGUUGAAUUCUGCUUUGAUACUGAUGCCAGAGUGGCUAUUACAUUAUACUGUCAAGCCUUUGAGGAGUUUGCCAAUGGGAUGGCGAUAUACAGCCCCAAGAGCCCUUCAAUGGUGUCUGAGACGGUCCAUUAUAAGAGAGGGAUUAAUCAGCAAUUUUGUCUGCCAUCCUUCAAGAUUGAUUUCACCAAAUGGAAGCCUGAAGAGCUGAACUUUGAUCUGGACAAAGGCGUUUUCCCUUUGGUGAUCCAAGCAAUAGUGGAUGAUGGAGAUGAUGUUACCGGGCAUGCACAUGUUCUUUUGGCAGCUUUUGAAAGGCAUGUUGAUGGCAGUUUCUCAGUGAAGCCUUUGAAACAGAAGCAAAUCGUGGACCGUGUGAGCUAUCUGCUGCAGGAGAUUUACGGCAUUGAAAACCGGAACAAUCUGGAGACAAAGUCCACAGAGGAUGAGAACAGUGACAACAGCAGCGAGUGUGUGGUUUGUUUAUCAGACCUGCGUGACACACUGAUUCUCCCUUGCAGGCACCUGUGUCUGUGCAAUGCCUGUGCUGACACACUGCGUUACCAGGCCAACAACUGCCCUAUCUGCAGACUGCCAUUCAGAGCCCUGCUCCAGAUCCGAGCCGUGAGGAAGAAAACAGCCGCCGCUCUUUCCCCGGUUUCCUUUAGCCCAGUGCUGUCCCAAAGCUCUGACCAUACUGAGCAUUCGUCUCAGAAUGCCGACAACAUCCCUCCCGGCUACGAGCCCAUCUCCCUGCUUGAAGCCCUAAACGGAGUGCAACCCAUGUCCCCUUCAAUCCCAUCAGCACCUCUCUAUGAGGAGAUCCAAUUUUCGGGGGAGAUGGGAGAUCCCCUCAACCUGACUGGGCGACAGCAAAACGCAGAUCCCGCAUCAAUGAAGGGCAAAGGUAGCAAGUCACCAGACGGGUCUACACGUUCUCCCUCAUCCCCCAUACAGGAGGAGGAAGAUGAGGAGAGAAUGUCAGAACUCUCUGAUACCCAACCUCAGUCUGUUCUGCCUUGCAGUCUCAGUCCCACUGAGGCCACAGCAGAGUCCACCAAUCCUGGUUUCCCAAAUUCAGGUUCAGACAGCAGAUCACUGAGUGUGUCUGUGAGUGAAAUUCUUCAGGACUGCCACAGCGAGCGCAGCAGCCUGAGCCGGACAGAAAGUGACCCCUCAGCAGAUCUGGCCCUGCCUGCGUCUGAGUCAUGGUCCACUGCUGUAGAGGAAUGUUGACUCUGGGUCAUCAGAGUCCAUAGAAAGUCUGAAGAGUCAGAGCACCAGCAGCUCCAGUCAGCCUCUGCUCUGCCUCCCCAGCACCCUCCGCAUGGAAGAUGAGCGUCUCGCUUCAUAAACGUUUCAUCUACCCGCUGUCUCAACC